UUCAUCCAGUGUGCUCGAAACAGAAUAAUAACCAUGUCACUGUAUCCAUCUCUAGAAGACAUGAAGGUAGAUAAGUUCAUGAAGGCGCAGAACACCCCUACUACGAGCCCAUUAAAGGCUUUAACUCUUCCAGAACCUGAGCCUUACUAUGAUGCAAAAUCUGAAGAGAUAGCUACUUCUAGCAGGUUGUACCCUGAGCUGAAUGAGUUCAUGGGUCUAAAUCUCAGUGCAGAAGCUCAAGAAACUCUUUCCUCUUCAGUUCCUGACCAGACCAGUGGGGCUCUUAGUGUCUGCACACAUGGAAUGAGCUGGGCGGCAGCCCCCAUAACCGAAAGUGACCUGGGGGUGAAGCGGGCAGAGAUUCGACAGGGUGUACGGGAGGUGGUGUUGUGCAAAAACAUGGAUGGGAAGAUUGGCCUCCGCCUCAAAGUCAUAGAUAAUGGGGCGUUUGUGCAAUUAGUGCAGGCUAACACUCCUGCAGCACUGGCAGGGCUGCGCUUUGGUGAUCAGAUUCUGCAGAUCAAUGGCAAAUCAUGUGCCGGCUGGAGUAGUGAUAAUGCACAUAAGGAGCUUAAGAAUGCCAACCCAGAGAAGAUCACUUUGGCUGUGCGAGACAGGUUGUCAUGA